UAGGCCUUGCAUUACCAUCCAGACAGAGAAGAUAAAGUGAGUGAAGUGUGCGAGUGAAUAAGGAGAAGCAGAAGAAAAAGUAGAAAAACCAAAGACGACGAGGAUGAUGAUGAUGGUGAUGAUGACGCUUUUAUGAGGAGUUGACGUGUGCUUUCCAGCUUAAUUAGGAGUAUUGUGGAUAUUAUAUAUCUUUAGCUUUCUAUUCCUGUAUUUGAUUCCCUUGUCUCCAAGUCUUUAUAAUACAAAGCGGGCAAGCAACUCACAGUUUACACUUCUCAGACAAAGCAUCUAAACCAAACCAAACCAAACCAAAGUUAAUGUUUCAAGAAACCAAGAAGAAAAACACUUGCUUUGAAGCCAUUAUUAAGAAAAGUGUUGUGUACUUGUAUAAAUAGCCGAAAGUGAAAGUAAAAAAAACUUGUCUCAUUUUGAAAUACAAGUCUGUCUGGGUGUGGUAGCCAUGAGAGGAGGGACAACAGUGUUUGUGUUAGUAUUGUGGUGGGUGCUGCUGGCGGCGGCGCCGACGUCGUACUGUGCCAAUGUGACUUACGAUCACAGAGCAUUGGUGAUCGACGGCCAGCGUCGAGUCUUGAUCUCUGGCUCCAUUCAUUACCCGCGUAGCACUCCCGAGAUGUGGCCGGACCUAGUACAAAAAUCUAAAGAUGGAGGAUUGGAUGUGAUCGAGACCUAUGUUUUUUGGAACUUACAUGAACCAGUUCGAAGCCAGUAUGAUUUCGAGGGUAGGAAGGAUUUGGUGAAAUUUGUCAAGACUGUUGCUGAUGCUGGGCUUUAUGUUCAUCUUCGUAUUGGUCCUUAUGCAUGUGCGGAGUGGAAUUAUGGUGGUUUUCCUGUAUGGUUGCAUUUUGUACCUGGAAUCGCGUUUCGAACUGAUAAUGAGCCCUUCAAGGCUGAAAUGAAGCGAUUCACAGCUAAGAUUGUGGACUUAAUGAAAGGGGAGAAACUUUAUGCUUCCCAGGGUGGACCUAUUAUUUUAUCUCAGAUAGAAAAUGAGUAUGGAAACCCUGGCAUUGAGUCCGCAUUUGGGUCUGCUGGCAAAUCCUAUGUAAAUUGGGCAGCAAACAUGGCUGUGUCUUUGGAUACAGGGGUGCCCUGGGUCAUGUGCCAGCAAGCUGAUGCUCCUGAUCCCAUUAUUAACACUUGCAAUGGAUUUUACUGUGAUCAAUUCAAACCUAAUUCUAACCAGAAGCCAAAAAUGUGGACUGAGAAUUGGAGUGGAUGGUUUCUCUCGUUUGGUGGUGCUGCGCCCUACAGACCUGUGGAAGAUCUCGCAUUUUCUGUGGCUCGCUUUUUUCAGCUUGGUGGAACUUUACAAAAUUAUUAUAUGUACCAUGGUGGGACUAACUUUGGUCGGACUACUGGUGGGCCCUUCAUUUCCACAAGUUAUGAUUAUGAUGCUCCACUUGACGAGUAUGGACUUAUUAGACAGCCUAAGUGGGGCCACUUAAAAGAUGUGCACAAGGCAGUGAAGCUUUGUGAAGCAGCAUUGGUGGCUACUGAUCCAACAGUUACUUCUCUUGGUUCAAACUUGGAGGCUGCAGUUUAUAAAACAGGAUCCAAGUGUGCAGCCUUUCUUGCCAAUGUGGGCACCCAAUCUGAUGCAACUGUGAAAUUCAAUGGCAAUUCGUAUCGCUUGCCUGCAUGGUCUGUGAGCAUUUUACCUGACUGCAAGAAUGUAGUUCUGAAUACUGCAAAGAUUAACUCUGCCACUAUGGUUCCAAGCUUCAUUCAUCAAUCUUUAAACAGUAAUGUUGACUCCUCUGAAGCAAUAGGCUCUGAUUGGAGUUGGAUAAAUGAACCAGUAGGUAUCUCAUUGGACAGCGCAUUUGUGAAACUUGGGCUAUUGGAGCAAAUAAAUACUACAGCUGAUAAAAGCGACUACUUGUGGUACUCAUUAAGCACUAAUAUUAAAGGCGAUGAGCCUUUCCUUGAUGGAUCUCAAACAGUUCUUCAUGUGGAAUCACUUGGUCAUGCCCUUCAUGUCUUUAUUAAUGGGAAACUUGCAGGGAGUGGAAAAGGCAACAGUGGCAAUGCUAAGGUUGCAUUGGAGAUCCCCAUUUCACUUUCAGCUGGGAAGAACACAAUCGAUCUCCUGAGUUUGACAGUGGGACUUCAGAACUAUGGAGCAUUUUAUGAAAAAACGGGUGCGGGGAUUACUGGCCCGGUAAAGCUGAAAAGUGCAAAAAGUGGCACUACUGUUGAUCUCUCUUCUCAGCAGUGGACAUAUCAGGUUGGACUUCAAGGUGAAGAAUUAGGUCUGUCUAGUGGAAGUUCUUCACAGUGGGUUUCACAAUCUACCUUGCCCAAAAACCAACACUUGACUUGGUACAAGACAAAGUUUGAUGCACCUGCUGGCAAUGACCCAGUUGCAAUAGAUUUUACAGGGAUGGGGAAGGGUGAGGCAUGGGUGAAUGGACAAAGCAUUGGACGUUAUUGGCCAGUGUAUGUUGCUUCAAAUAGUGGCUGCACUGACUCUUGUAAUUAUCGAGGAUCUUAUAGUUCAAGCAAAUGCCUCAAGAACUGUGGGAAGCCAUCUCAAACACUGUACCAUGUACCCCGCUCAUGGUUGCAAUCAAGUGGCAAUACUCUUGUAUUGUUUGAAGAAAUCGGUGGUGAUCCAACGAAGAUAUCUUUUGCCACAAGACAGACUGGAAGUUUGUGCUCACAUGUUUCAGAGUCUCACCCAUCACCUGUUGAUACAUGGGAUGCAGAUUCAACGUCAGGAAUGAAAUCAGGGCCUCUACUAUCACUGGAAUGCCCAUUUCCUGGUCAGGUCAUCUCUUCAAUCAAGUUUGCAAGUUUUGGAACUCCUGAUGGGACUUGUGGGAGCUUUGGUCAUGGCCAGUGCAGCAGCAGUAAUGCUCUUGCAGUUGUACAGAAGGCUUGUGUUGGAUCAAAGAGUUGUAGAGUUGGAGUAUCAAUUAAUACAUUUGGUGACCCAUGUAAAGGAGUAACAAAGAGUUUAGCAGUAGAAGCUUCCUGUACAAAGAGACAUGCUCAAAGACUUAACCUAUGAAUUAUAAGAGCUUUCCCCAUAGGUCUCUGCUUAAUAAGCUUUUAGAUAGGUUAUGGAAGCAAAAAAAAAAAAAAAAAUUCCUUCCAGAAAAGGAAAUGUGUCCUCAAUGUAUUCUUGCCAAAAAGAAAAAUGGCUAUCUGAUCAAUUGUGGAAUAAUAAUCGCAUGUACAAGAUAUAGUUCUGAAUAUGACUUUUGUCUAAUACGCCAUUAUAGCAACCAAGAACUAGUAUUUCACGGGAGAAGUUCUAUAUGGUUAGAACUGUACCAAUUGAUUUGCUUGAUCAAAUCAAACUACUGUUGAUGGACUA